AUGCUCACUGUUAAUCUCUCAUCCGCGCAGUUCACACAAGCUGAGCUAGAUCUCCUCAACAAAGGUUUGAAUUUUGCCAUUUCCCCCCAGUACGCCCCUCUCGCUGAUAUUGUUAAUAAUAUCGAAAGUGCCAUCCAAUACGACCAACCAAUAUAUAAAUCGGCGAUUCGGCACAGCGUCAGGAAAUGCAUAACACGGACGGCAAGUAAGCAGAAUAGCACAGAACGCACCAACUUCGAUGUGUGGUGUGCGAUCCGCCAGCUGAAAGCACGUAAUGUGGUUUACUCUCGUGCGGAUAAAGGAAAUGCAGUAGUUAUCAUGGACAAAAACGAUUAUGAUUCGCGCGUCCGUGAUAUGAUCGCGGCAGGCCCGUACGAGGAAUAUAAAUUCAAAAACGGAAAACCGAGGGAUCCUCUCAACACCAUGAUCGAAGAGGCUACCUUCGCGCGACAGAAUGUUGCACGUCUGAUGGGAGAGGAUAAACUAGAGAGAAAAUUUCAUGUUUCCAACCCGACGGUGGCCUCGCUCUACUGCUUGCCGAAAAUCCACAAAGACCCAGUGGGAAUGCGGCCUAUUUCAUCCAACAUUCGUACACCAACCGAAAAGAUGGCAGCUUGGCUGGUGGACGAAAUGAGAAAAUACCCAAUAAAGCAUGGCAAAAGUGUGAAAAAUUCUGUGGAGUUAGUCGAGCAGUUAGAAGGGUUUGAGUUGAGACGUGGGGAAAUCCUGGUAUCGUUUGAUGUAGCAGCACUUUUUCCAAGCGUACCAGUUCCAGACGCGUUAAAAAGUUUACGCCAACACUUGGAACGUAGUCGUGCGCCACAACACCACGUUGAAGCUUACCUUCUAGUAGCAGAAAUAUGCAUGAAUCAGAAUUUCUUCAGCUUCAGGGGAAAAUACUGGAAACAGACCUUUGGGUUAAGUAUGGGAAGUAAACUGUCGCCGUUGUUAGCAAACCUCUUUAUGAGCGAUUUUGAAGACGACGCUCAGAAAGAAAAAUAUUUCCCACGUGUAUGGAAGCGCUAUGUAGACGACAUUUUCGCUCCGGUAAAAGAACGCUACCUGGACCAAACUUUGGAAAUGCUCAACUCUCGGCACAGCUCUAUAAAAUUCACAGUAGAGCGAGAGGAGAAUGGAAAGCUACCGUUUCUGGACCUAUUAAUAACCAGAAAAGAGGAUAAAACAUUGAAAUUCGGUAUCUACCGUAAACCGACAUCAACUGAUCGCUAUAUAACAUCGGAUUCGAACCACUUUGGCUGUCAAAAGCAGGCGGCCUUCCAUUCAAUGGCCCAUCGCCUGUAUAAUAUACCGAUGGAAAACGCAGAGUUUGCCGAAGAAAAAGAGCAUAUUCACAAAGCGGCCGAAGUAAAUGGCUACGAAGAAGGAUUCGUGAAUAAAAUCCUACAAACACACCGACGCAAACGACAUAGACGAAUGUCAACAACGCUGCAACCAGAACGAGAAGAAACCAAAAGAGUCAGCCUGCCGUUCUACCCAAAGAUUACCAACCCGAUCAAAGCAACACUGAAACGGCAAGGGCUUCAGGUUGUACAUAAAAGUGAAAACACAUUACGUGAUUUACUGUGCAAUUUGAAGGACAAGGUUCCUCCAGAUGAGAAUUCAGGCAUUUAUAGGAUACCUUGCCAAAAUUGCCCUUCAGUUUACAUUGGACAAACUCGCCGUAAGGUUAAAGUGCGCUUGAAAGAACACAAAGCUGCCGUCGAUAACGUAAAAAUAAGCGAAUCAAGUGUAGCCGCCCAUGCAAUCAGUUGUGACCACGUGAUCAAUUGGAAAGAAGCGAAAUUAAUUAAAAACGUUAGGAAAGCAUCUCAAUUGAAUGCAUGGGAGUCGUACUUCAUUAGCAAUUCACAGGAACGAUUAAUGAACGAAGACGAUCCCCCUGUUACAUCCUGCUUAUUCGGACUGACGAAACUGAGAGUGCAGUAA